AUUCUCUCCGGUCUCCACCACAUAUGAUAAAAUCCAUUGUGUUAGCGGAAGAACUCUGACUGACCUACUUCCGUAUAUUCGCCGGCGCAAAAUCUCACCCCCUAGAGUCUUCUUACCAACCAUAAAAUAGCGAAAAUGAAUUAGAGAAAGAAAAACCCAACUCGAGUUUGGAUUUUAUUCAUUCUUCCUAUCCCUUUUCUUUUUGCUCGGCUCUUCCCAUCCAUUUACAGGAUCGCGUCUGCUUGAUAUUAAUCAGACCAAAAAAUCUCUGGGUUUCGUCCAUUAAUGAUUAAACAGAGUCUGCAAAUCCGUUAUCACUCAGGGUUGUAUCUCCUCAGACGGUCAAGCCCAUCCAGGAAAUUCGUUCGCAGUAGGACGACAUCUAAAUCCGGCUAGGAAUUCCGGGUUCCUUUCUGAUUAGGUUUUUCGAGGAGACCCAGCAACCAAGACUUGAGAUUACCGUUUUCCUUAAGGAGGAAUAGAUAUGAAUUUCAGAAGCUUGGAAGAGUUCUGGCCCUUCUAUGUCAACCAACACUCGAAACCAUCGACGAGGCGUUGGCAUUUUAUUGGCACGCUUACGGCUCUUCUCUUCUUGAUUUGCUCAAUCCUCUUCAACUGGUGGUUUCUGUUCUUUGUGCCAUUCUUUGGCUAUGGCUUUGCUUGGUAUAGCCAUUUCUUCGUCGAGGGUAACCUUCCGGCGACAUUCGGGCAUCCCUUUUGGUCUCUUUUAUGCGAUUUCAAGAUGUUUGGGUUGAUGCUCACCGGGCAGAUGGACAGGGAGAUCAAGAGGCUUGGAAAGAGGCCGGUAUUGCAGGCCUUUUGAUCCUCUUGUUGUGUGGGUAAGAGAUCCUUCAACCGAUUGUUUCAAAUACUCUUUUGCUAUUUUGUAUCCGGGAAUGCUUUUAGCUGUAUUAGAACUCUAUAUUGGUUCAGGUUUCCUUCUUUUCCAGAUGACUUUGUAUUCUUGUAUAUGUUGGAUGUGUAGUACUAAGCUUAAGCUACAUGACAGAAUGUACAGACUAUUUAGUACAAUUAUUCUGGGUCAGAUUUAUUCCCUUUUAGAACGUUUGUUUUAAUUUGUUCAGAAUUGUGGUUGUAGCCUGUUGCAUCACGGUUACUGCAAACUUUUUAUAUAUGGACAUGUGUUUGCUGGAUUGGAGGAAAAUCAAAUCAAGUGAUUAGAUAAUGUUGAAGUUGGUUCUUUGCCCUUGUGUUAUGAACCAAGUUGCACUUAAGUCCUUCAUGCCAAAUUCAGGAUGUCUAUUGCUUGUUUUUAAUUUUGUAUUUGAACUUUUUUUUUUUCCUUCUUGUAUGCUUUUGUAGUUUUAGGUGGACAUUUAUAUUAUCACAAUCAAGGCAAUUCUAGACAAAGGUGGGCUUUAUAUGUAUUAUUAUUGUUUUUGUCUUUCUGGGUUCAGUAUUCUGUUGGGAAUUGUUCUGGUUAUAAACCAGGUUGCUGUAUAAACUUAAAGGUUAACUUUUUAAUUUAUGAAAAUGGUAGUAGAACUGCUUUUAUAACUUA